GUUAAAAGAGCGUAAUGUAAACACCGUCGUCGUCGUUCACAGUUUAUUAAUUGACAGUUCGGAAGUUUAACGUCAGUUUUGCAUUUUAGACAAACAUGAAGAUCAACUGCACCAUCCGCAUAGUUGGUGAACGAGUAGUCUUAGUUCCAUACAAGAAGUUGCAUGUGGAAAAGUAUCACCAAUGGAUGUUGUCCCCAGACCUACAGGAACUCACAGCUUCAGAGCCUCUGAGUCUGGAAGAAGAGUAUGAGAUGCAGCAGUCAUGGCUGAUUGAUGAUGAUAAGUGCACUUUCAUUGUCCUGGACAAAUGUCUUUUAGCUGAAAAGAGCAGUGAAAAUGAGGCCAUGAUUGGAGACACAAACCUCUUCCUGGUGGAUCAGGAGGACAGGACUCGGGCAGAGGGAGAAAUCAUGAUUGCAGAACCACAGUUCAGAGGCCAAAGACGAGGCUGGGAGGCUAUGCUGCUCAUGUUUAGAUAUGGCAUUGAGCAGUUAGGGGUGAAGACAUACCAGGUCAAAAUAGGCCUGAGUAAUACACCCAGUAUAAAAAUGUUUCAGAAAAUGCACUUUGAGGAAACCACAAGAUCAGAUGUCUUCCAGGAAGUUACAUUGGAGUGUUCUGUCAAUGAGAAGUGGAAGGAAUGGUUGAAAGAAAAUAUAAAAUAUUAUGAAAUAGUCCCAGAUGAAAUGAGAAAUUAAUGUUGAUGGAAUUAGUCAAAAUUAUAUGGAUAGUGAAUGGAAAUUAUCAGGUUUCAGAUCCAUCUAAUAAAUGGAUAUGAUGUAUUGGUAAACACAUCAAUAUUUCUUGAGUAAUACUUAAUAAGAGAACACACAAAGUUUAUAGAAUAAAGAUAUUUUCUACUGUGCUGCCUUAAAACAUGUACUCACUCCCCUCUUCUUCUUUCACUAUUUUAACUGACUCCCAUAACUUAUUAACUCGAACAACCCCCUUGUCUGUAAGAUCCAGAAUGGUUGUACUACCUACCUGUCCACAUGCCGUAAAACUAUCAAAUUUUGCUGGGUCCCAGCCAUGUUGAAAUCCCCUGGCAAUGAACAGGCAGAUACUUUAGUACGCUCCGUGGCUAUGUCCACAUCAAACCAACCACAUUUCUUGCAUAGUCCAGCCACAGAUUAUUACCCACUUUAAGACCUUCUUGUAUAACCAAUGACAAUCUUUCUGGUCAAGUCUCUGCACUAAAACUAUCAAUCUCCUCCUGGUCAGCUCCAUUUCAUCAGAACAGACGUUGGGAGAUGGUUCUCGCCUGCAUACAUAUUGGCCACACCCAUCUAACACACUCCUAUCAGAUGUCACAUUCUGAUCCACCCCUAUGUUCCUUAUGUAAUGUCCCCCCUACAUUUCCACAGAUUCUGUUGUCCUGUCCACGGUUUGUUGCAUCCCGUAUCCCCACUUUACCCCUCCUAUCCUCUCUUCAACGACCUCCCAACCUAUCAGACAUCCUUUCAGAAUCUUACACUUUCACAACCUGUUCUUCCUCAGAUGCAUACAUAUCCUUCACUUGAUCUAAUCCCCUUACCUAACCCUACCUUAACCUAUUCACUCAUCAACUCCUCUAAGCUUUCAAUAAUAAUCUAGAUAGUUGACAUAUAGCAACUAACUACUAACUCGAUCACCUUUCACUAAACUUUACUGUACCUUCCUAUAGUGCUACAUGGCCUUAGAUGUCUAGCACAUUUAUUUUGCUUUUAACCAUUAGCCAUCUACUGUGCUACAGUUGUUAACAUUCAUGUAUAUGUCUGCAAAAUAAGUGCUGAGCAAUGUACUAUCUUUAAUCCAAUGUAACUAAGCCCUGGUUUAAUUCUGUUGUUUUAUAUGUAUGGAGUUAUUUUUUAAUAAAUAUUUUAUGAAAA